GUGUUGUGUGUGUCUUGGCCUCCGGUCCCGCCCCGCUCUCUUACUGUCGUCUAACUACGCGCAGGGGCAAUAUAUAAGGAGGUGAUCGAGGUGGCGACACGCUGAUCAUGCUCUCUCCGAUUCUCAUCUGCAUCAUCGCGACGGCGGCUGUCGUCGUCGCCCAACCGGGGCCGAAGAUGAUCGACGAGACGACACGGUGGAGCCAGUGCAAAGAUGUGAACCAGUCAAUUUACGACUUUCAGAUGGAAACUCUUCAAGGGCAAUUUACAGACCUUUCACAGUACAAGGGACAAGUGUUGCUAAUCAUCAAUGUUGCAACAUUCUGUGCUUACACUCAACAGUACACUGACUUCAAUCCGCUCAUUGAGAAAAAUAUGAAUGGUGGCUUUACCAUUUUGGCCUUCCCUUGCAAUCAAUUCUACCUUCAGGAGCCAGCAGAAAAUCACGAGCUCAUGAAUGGAAUCAUGUAUGUAAGGCCCGGAAAUGGAUGGAAGCCACACCAGAAUCUUCACAUCUAUGGAAAGAUUGAUGUGAACGGAGAGAACCACCACCCUCUAUACGAAUUCCUUAAGGAGAGCUGCCCACAAACUGUGGAGAAGAUUGGAAAGACUGAUGAGCUUAUGUACAAUCCUAUCAGAGCAAACGAUAUUACAUGGAACUUUGAGAAAUUCCUUAUCGAUAGACAAGGUCGUCCCCGCUUCCGCUUCCAUCCCACAGCCUGGAGCCACGGUGACGUUGUGCAGCCGUUCAUUGACCAACUCAUGAACGAAAGCUCAUGAAAACUGCUCCAGAACUAAAAAAAUCCUUAUCUACGCUUCUUAACCCAUCUCCUCAUUAAAAAGCGUUAAUUGUAAUUAGAGCGGGCCAAAUCAUAGAGUUCUGCCUCAAAGAUAACGUACAAUUGAUCUUGACGACAAUCAACAAUCCUCCUCACAAUGUAGUGUAUAUGUGUUAUCAACAUUUUCGGGUUGUACAUUCUGUCCUUUCUUCGUCUAAGUAAGUUUUUUUCGUUCCCAAUCCACAUUGUUGUUGUUCAAAUACGAUAGCGAUUUCGAUAGCUGUAUAUGAGUAGAUUGGAGAAUGCAAAAUUUG